UGUCGAAUCGUUCGACCUUCGCACUUGCCAUGGCGCCAAUUCGUCCGCACCAUAAGACACGAAAGGGAUGCAAAACAUGCAAGCGACGCAAGGUCAAGUGCGACGAGGAAUUUCCUAUAUGCAAGAACUGUACGAGGAGAGGCAUAGAGUGCAUCUGGACCAAUACCUCACAACAUGACUCGGCAGCGCCAGGAACAUCUAGUAAUACCCAUGCUGCAUCAACCUCAUAUAAAAAUCCCCCUUCCAUAAUAUCGAGACGUACUAGCGCUGGUUCAUUCGACAUGCUGGAUCUCGAACUAUUGCACCAUUAUACUACCGCUACUUCACCCUCACUUGCUUCUGAUCCUGCUACAGCAGGUGUAUGGAGAACCAUCGUUCCCAAAAUCGCGUUCGGUUCCAAAAACCAAUAUCUCCUUCAUGCUAUUCUCGCGAUAUCAGCGCUUCAUGCUCAUCACGCUGAUCCCACAGCCGGUUCGUAUGCUGUAGCCGCGAACGACUACUAUUUGCAAGCCAAAAUAGGGUUAGAAAGAGCGGAAAUGGAUGGAGACCCGGAUGCUGAUGCUGUCUUUAUCACCUCGUCUAUUGUCGCGAUCUACGAGUUCGCUACAUUGUCCGCUGUCUCCUUGGCCACGAGCGAAUGGCUAAGCUCGCUCCGUACUAUGCCCUCCAAGGUUGCGAAAAUAUGGCCGCGGCUCCAGGAUGGUGCUCUCCAUCCGAUGCUAGUCACCCUCAUGGGGCCAACAAUGAAAUCGAAAGUUCUGGAAGAGCCGUUCACAUCAUCCUUGUCGACACUUUUGAGCACGGCACCGUCGUUACCAGACGUUGAGGAGCUACACGAUGUAUCAGUAUAUGCCGCGUAUAAAGAGUCGAUACGUAUCCUCGAGAUGUCAUGGAAAGCCUCGGUUCAGAAAGACUACUAUAUGUAUGUGUCGGGUUUAUGGUGGUCGAUAGUACCCAGUACCUUCUUUCGCUUGUUGACCGAGCGGAGACCGCGUGCGCUUAUCAUCUUGGCACAUUAUUGUAUUAUGAUGAAACGAGUAGCGGAGGAUGGCCCGUGGUGGGUGAGAAAGCAGUGGGGUUAUGAGGCAAAGAGGAUUCUCUCUGUGCUUGACGCGCGAUGGACGCCCUACCUUGUAUGGCUCUCCAAUGAGCUGGAUAAACCAUGGGAAAAUCAGGCAUUUGACCUUGCGGGUCCUAUGGAUUUGAUGAGUUUGUGGAGUGGGAUAACUGAUGCCCCUUGGCCUGGGCAUGGAUUUCAAGAGUUUUUCGAGGUGGGAUCAUCAGGAUAGCAGGUGUUGUACCAUCUUUAGAAUAUUUUCAAGUAUACAAUUAUGGAUUGAUGGAUAAUUGAAGACUGCAAGCUUUGGAGAGUGUCAACAAGUGUUAGGCGUGUGUAUUUUUACGAGCAGUUGUACAAUGUUCGAGUCUAACAAAUGUAGCCG